AUGCCUGAGAUUAAGAUAACCCCUCUGGGUGCAGGCCAAGAUGUUGGUCGCAGUUGUAUUUUGCUGUCUAUGGGCGGCAAAAACAUCAUGUUGGAUUGUGGCAUGCAUAUGGGAUACAAUGACGAGAGGCGGUUUCCAGAUUUCUCUUACAUAGUGCCCGAGGGCCCUAUAACAAGUCAGAUUGAUUGUGUCAUUAUUUCACACUUUCACCUUGAUCAUUGCGGUGCCUUGCCAUACAUGUCUGAGAUGGUAGGUUACACGGGUCCAAUUUAUAUGACUCACCCCACAAAGGCUAUAGCACCUAUUCUAUUGGAAGACAUGAGAAAGGUUGCAGUAGAAAGGAAAGGAGAAUCCAACUUUUUUACUUCUCAAAUGAUAAAGGAUUGUAUUAAGAAGGUUACUGCUGUAACAUUACAUCAAUCUGUUAUGGUAGAUAAUGAGUUGGAAAUAAAAGCCUAUUAUGCAGGUCAUGUACUCGGUGCUGCCAUGUUUUGGAUAAGAGUUGGUUCCCAAUCUGUUGUAUAUACCGGGGAUUACAAUAUGACUCCAGAUAGACAUUUGGGAGCAGCAUGGAUUGAUAAAUGCAGACCGGAUCUUCUAAUUUCAGAGUCCACUUAUGCAACUACAAUAAGAGAUUCUAAGCGUUGUCGUGAGAGAGAUUUCUUGAAGAAAGUUCAUGAAUGUGUCGAAAAAGGAGGAAAGGUUUUGAUUCCUGUUUUUGCACUAGGUAGAGCACAAGAACUUUGUAUCUUAUUAGAAACAUAUUGGGAGCGUAUGAAUUUAAAGUAUCCUGUCUACUUUGCUUUGGGUUUAACAGAAAAAGCCAACAACUACUACAAAAUGUUUAUCACAUGGACAAAUCAAAAAAUUCGCAAAACAUUCGUCCAAAGGAAUAUGUUUGAUUUUAAACACAUCAAACCAUUUGAUAAAUCAUACAUUGAUAAUCCUGGUGCAAUGGUGGUGUUUGCUACUCCUGGAAUGUUACAUGCUGGUUUAUCAUUGAACAUAUUUAAGAAAUGGGCCCCAUAUGAGCAGAACAUGUUAAUUAUGCCUGGUUUCUGUGUCCAAGGAACUGUCGGACACAAAAUAUUGAAUGGAGCAAAGAAGAUUGAAUUUGAAAAUCGUCAAGUAGUAGAAGUCAAAAUGGCAGUAGAGUACAUGUCAUUUUCUGCACAUGCGGAUGCAAAGGGAAUUAUGCAAUUGAUUCAAUAUUGUGAACCAAAGAAUGUUUUGUUAGUACACGGUGAGGCUCAAAAAAUGGAAUUCUUAAAAGACAAAAUUGAGAAAGAAUUUAAGAUAAGUUGCUAUAUGCCCGCAAAUGGUGAAACAGCUAUUAUAAACACUCCAACAAAGAUACCUAUUGAUGUAUCUUUGAGACUAUUGAAGGCGGAGGCUGUAAGAUACAAUGCUCAGCCUCCUGAUCCAAAAAGGCGUAGAGUUGUUCAUGGAGUUCUAUGCGUUAAAGAUAAUAGACUUUCAUUCUUAGAUAUAGAUGAGAUUUGUGAUGAAAUUGGUAUAAAUAGACAUGUCAUUAGGUUUACAAGUACUGUUCGUUUCGAUGAUCCUGGUUCUGCAGUAAAAACUGCUGAGAAGUUGAAAACAUUGCUAGCAGAGAAACUUCAAGGAUGGUCGAUAACAAUAUCUGAUGGUAAUAUAUCUGUCGAAUCUGUUCUAAUUAAAGUUGAAGGUGAUGAUGAUAAUACUAAAAGUAUAUAUGUGUCGUGGACCAAUCAGGAUGAGGAUUUGGGUAGUUAUAUAUUAGGAUUAUUACAAUCAAUGGUCCAGUAACUAUUAGUAAUGUAAGAAAAGUUAUUUUUCGUAUCAAAUCUUUAAUAAAUGGGUAAAUAAAUAAAAA